AGUAUUGUCAGUCAAGUUUAUUUAUACCACGCAUUGGUUGUGUAAAAGGUUAUAUUUGUAAUAAUUGAACAGAAAAUAAUAAUGGCAGGGGAUCCACUUGACGAACUAGUGCAGUUCUUAAAGCCUGAAGCACGGAUAGACUUGAAACAUAUAGCAGUGGACCAUUUAGUUGGACUUUCAGGGACUGAAGACGGUAUAAACACUUUGCUAUCUCAAGACAAAAUUAUUCAAAGUAUCAUCGUAUUAACAGACGAUAAAGUUGAAGAAAUCGCUAAAAACGCUUUACUGAUCCUUGUGAAUAUAACAGCGAGUGCUAAAGGAGUUACAGAGCUCUUAAAAUUCAAGUCCGAUGGCAACAAAAACAUCGUCAAAUUACUUAUAGGUUAUGUUUUAAAUCCAGAAAAAAAGGACGCAGAUGCAGCCUGCAUGGCAUUAUCAAACAUUACUCGCGUAGAAUCUGAAGUAGAGUCGACUUUAGAUACGUUUUUACCGCAUUUAAAUGACAUUUUAAACGCUUACUGCCAUGUUGAAUUUAACAAAAGAGGUUCACAUUUAAACUACAUAGGACCCAUGAUUUCAAACUUAUCUUGCUGUCACAGGAUACGAAAAUGGCUGACAGAAGAAAACCCACACAUUCCUUUAUUGAAAUUACUACCGUUCUGUAGCUAUGAGCAAUCAAAUAUACGCAGAGGUGGCGCUAUGGGCACAUUGAGAAACAUAUCUUUCGAUCCCGAGUUCCACAGUUUCCUCUUAAGCAACGAUUUAGAACUGUUAACAUAUUUAUUAAACCCAAUUAUGGGUGGCGAAGAAUACAUUGAUGAAGAAAUGGAUAUGUUACCAAUUUCUUUACAAUAUCUACCGAAAGAAAAGCAACGAGAAACUGACGUUGAUAUACGCAGAAUGAUUUUGGAAACGUUAAACAAACUGUGCAUGAGAAAGACCGGCCGAGAGAUUUUGAGGAACAACGGAGUGUAUUACGUAUUAAGAGAGUAUCACAAGUGGGAGAAAGAUCCGAAGGUACGGUUAGCGUGUGAGAAUGUUGUAGACAUACUUAUUCAGAAAGAAGAUGAGGUUGGUGCAGAAGAAUUGUCUGCCGUAGAAGUACCGGAUGAUAUGGUAGAGAAGUUCCAGAAAAUGGAUGAAGAUUAUAUUAAAGAAUAAAUAUUUAAAUAUAUUUUUGUUAUACAUUU